AGAUACUGAGGAACAAACAGACCUGAUGGCGAUGAAUGAGGAGAGUCAAGAACUGAAUGAAACAGACGAGAAAGAUCAGAAUGCGAAACAGCAUGAUUUCAAAACUGAAGAAAAAUCAAUUAGUUGCUCCCAGACUAAAAAGACUCCCUCACAAGCUCAAAAAACACAAACUACAAACCUUAAUUCCAACAUGAUAAUUCACACUGGAGAGAAGCCGUUCACCUGCCCUCAGUGUGGAAAGAAUUUCACGUGGAAAGGAAGCCUUGAGACUCACAUGAGAACUCACACUGGAGAGAAGCCAUUUGUAUGUGAUCAGUGUGGAAAGAGUUUUACACAGAAAAAAUACCUCACUGUCCACAUGAGAAUUCACACUGGAGAGAGUCCUUUCACCUGCCCUCAGUGUGGAAACGGUUUUACACAGAAAAAAUACCUCACUGUCCACAUGAGAAUUCACACUGGAGAGAAGCCGUUCACCUGCCCUCAGUGUGGGAAGAAUUUCACGUGGAAAGGAAAACUUAAGACUCACAUGAGAGUUCACACUGGAGAGAAGCCGUUCACCUGCCCUCAGUGUGGAAACGGUUUUACACAGAAAAAAUACCUCGCUGUCCACAUGAGAAUUCACACUGGAGAGAAGCCUUUCACCUGCCCUCAGUGUGGGAAGAAUUUCACGUGUAAAGGAAAACUCAAGACUCACAUGAGAGUUCACACUGGAGAGAAGCCUUUCACCUGCAAAUUGUGUGGGAAGAGUUUCUCAUUCAAUAACGGUCUUAAGGUUCACAUGAGAACUCACACUGGAGAGAAGCCAUUUGUAUGUGAUCAGUGUGGAAAGAGUUUUACACAGAAAAACUGCCUUAAUACCCACAUGAGAAUUCACACUGGAGAGAGACCUUAUACCUGCAAACUGUGCGGGAAGAGUUUCUCAUUAAAUAACGGUCUUAAGGUUCACAUGAUGAAUCACACUGAAAAGAAGCCGUUAAUGUGCCCUCAGUGUGGAAAGAGUUUUACACAGAAACACUGCCUUAAUACCCACAUGAUUAUUCACACUGGAGAGAAACCUUACAUCUGCCCUCAGUGUGGAAAGAGUUUCAGGUAUAAAGGAAGCCUUAAGAUUCACAUUAGAAUUCACACUGGAGAGAAACCUUUCACCUGCAAACUGUGUGGGAAGAGUUUCUCAUUUAAUAACGGUCUUAAGGUUCACAUGAGAACUCACACUGGAGAGAAGCCAUCUGUAUGUGAUCAGUGUGGAAAGAGUUUUACGGAGAACAAACUCCUUAAUGCCCACAUGAGAAUUCACACUGGAGAGAGUCCUUUCACCUGCAAACUGUGUGGGAAGGGCUUCACACGUAAAGAAAACCUUAAAAACCACAUGAAGAUUCACUCAAGACAGAAAAAUGUUAAUUGUCAUUAGUGCGAAUAGACAGGAAUCACUGUGAGAAUCAUUCAAAUUCUCAUCGGAAAAAAGCCUUUUAUGUGCCAUCACUGUGGAAAGAGUUUCACAAACAAUGCAAACCUUGAGAGUCACAGUGGAGAGAGACAUUGCUAGUGUCUUCAGUUUGAGAAGAGUUUGUCAAAGCAGCAUGAAAUGCAAUUUGCGAACUUAUUCUGGGUAAGAAAUUACUGUUUUCCCCAGAGUGACAAGAGGAUUAGGAAAAGGAGCAAUUUCUACAAUCAUCUGUGUAUUCUUUCUCAAAGACAAUUCAGUUGUACUCAGUGUACUAAAUACAUUUUUUGCAUUCACACUUAAAGACACAUAUGUAAAGUCAUGAUACCCUGUUUGUUCUUUGUUAAAGCAUAUAAUAAGAAAAAUUGUCUGAUUGACACCAACACUACUUCUUUUACUUGCAUCCUUGACCUCUUUAUGCUUCACCAUGAGGCUUUUUAUUUUCUUUCGUGCAUAUGUACUCCUGUGGCUAGUAGGGAUGGGACGAUACACCUACCUCCGGAUUUGAUACUAUCACGAUACGUGG